AUGAAGGCACUGUUUCUUCCGUAUGAGUGGUAUGUUCCGUCUCCAGCAGGAAGGAUCGAGACUGAUGAUGAAGAAACUGUUCGAAAGGUGAAUGAGAACCAGCUCAACAUCGAGAGAAUCGCCGCGCCUGGUCAGUAUAUCGUGGAUAUCAUCCCCGCUCUGAAACAUCUACCGUCCUGGCUUGCAUCUUUCAAGCGUGAAUCCACAGUUCAUAACAAGAAGGAGGUCGAGCUCUUCAGCGAUCUGGUAGAGGAUGUGCGACGAGAUCUUCAGGCUGGGAAAGCGGGACCAAGCUUCACGAGGAUGUGGUUAGAGAACAGACAGGACUGCAGUAUGUCUGACUUGUAG